CCAUUCAUGCCUGGCCUUUCUGUUCCCAUGCUCCCCUCCUCCACCUUGAGGGUCUGCAUCCCUAUUGACUUCUGCCCCCUUGCCUUGGCCUUGCCUUGUUCCCUAGACCUUGCCUGGAAGACCCAAACUCCUCCCUGGUGUCUACACAGGGUGAUGUGUCCACACAAGCAGCCCUCCUGGGAAGAGGUGUCCAUGCCUCGUGCUAGAACCCAUCCUGCGUGGGGGCUGCCAGUGACAGGGAGGAAGCCUUGCUUGGCCUGUGGCUCAGGGCAGAGGCCAGUGGGGGCAGGGGGCUAGAUGCUGGGCUCUGGAGUGGGUGGGAGCGCCUGUGCCUUCCAGCUGUCUUCUGCCCCAUUAGCCAGGGUGCUGUUAGGUGGGUGGGGCCUCCCUGAUGCUGCUGAUGUCCCCUGCCCUCAGGAUGCACAGGAAUUCAGCGACGUGGAGAGGGCCAUUGAGACCCUCAUCAAGAACUUCCACCAGUACUCUGUGGAGGGUGGGAAGGAGACGCUGACCGCCUCCGAACUACAGGACCUGGUCACCCAGCAGCUGCCCCACCUCAUUCAGAGCAACUGUGGGCUGGAAGAGAAAAUUGCCAACUUGGGCAGCUGUACCGAUUCUAAACUGGAGUUUGGGAGUUUCUGGGAGCUGAUUGGAGAAGCAGCCAGGAGUGUGAAGCUGGAGAGCCCUGUCCGGGGCAGCUGAGAACCUUUUCCUGGAAUUCUUGGGGGGGAUGUUGGGGUCUAGAAAUAAAAGUCCUCUCCACCUGCACCACACGAUUCCCCCGUCUGCACCUGCCUCACCUCUGCAAGGUUCAAGUCCUCAGUGACCCUUCCCGGGCUCUCUGUGCACUUCAUCCCUGGGAGCGCCAUGGAGCUAACGGGUCCAGGAGUCCCCACCAGAGGGAGGCUCGGGGUGGGUGGGGGCCAGGGAUAGGUGUGGCGAGCUGCUGGAGGGAUAGGGAUGGUGAGAGGGCCAAGUAAUUUGGUUGGGGGGGGGGGGGGGGCAGAGAGGAGGUGGGCUACCGGAAAUGACUGGAAGAAGGGGGCUGGGAAUGGGGCUGGGUAUUUGUUACUAAAAAGGGUCUCUGAGAACCUGCCCUUCCUAAUCUCUUCCCCAACCCACACAGUAGCUGUCUGUCCAGUGCUACACCUUCCUGCCUCCAGCUCUGCCCCAGCCUUGUCCCAGCACUCUGUCCCUGGCCCAGGGCAGGGGACGAGAAAGAGAGGCGGAGGAGGGUGUUACUUUGGGAGAGGACCAGCUGGGUGCUUGGGCAUUUAAAGAAUGAUGGUUGUUUUGUAUCAUUUGAUUAAUAAAAAAAUGGAAAAAGAAAA